GAAAAAAUUCCAACAAAGUGUUAAGACAUAUUAAAAUUAUUCUUCUUAUCACCAUUUCUCUUGUUUUGGUAUCUCUGGCAUUGUUGUUACUUUCUCGAAGAAUAAAUGGAGCAAAAAGUAGGGAAGCAAUUCUAAGUCCAACAAAAAAUGGGGAUAUGUUCUCAAUAUGGAACUUUGAUGGGAGGGUUGCAUUUGAAGACAUUAUUGCGGCAACUGAAGAUUUUGACAUUCGAUAUUGCAUUGGUACUGGUGGCUAUGGUAGUGUUUACAAGGCACAAUUGCCAAAUGGCAAAGUAGUUGCCUUAAAAAAACUUCAUCGGAGGGAAUCAGAGGUACCCACUUUUAACAGGAGUUUUAGGAAUGAAGCUAAGAUGUUGACAGAAAUAAGACAUAAGAAUAUUGUCAAGCUUCACGGGUUCUGUCUGCAUAGACAGUGCAUGUUUUUGAUCUAUGAAUACAUGGAAAGAGGAAGCUUGUUUUGUGUUCUUAGAGAUGAUGCUGAAGCUGUGGAAUUGGACUGGAUGAAAAGGGUGAAUGUCAUAAAACACACAGCACAUGCUUUGUGUUACCUUCACCAUGACUGUAUCCCACCCAUCCUUCAUUGGGACAUAUCAAGCAACAACAUUCUAUUAAACUCGGAGUCAGAGGCUUUUGUUUCUGACUUUGGAAAUGCUAGGCUUUUGGAUCCUGAUUCAUCUAAUCAUACCACACUUGCUGGCACCUAUGGUUAUAUUGCCCCAGAGCUUGCCUAUACAAUUGUUGUGACUGAGAAAUGUGAUGUUUAUAGCUUUGGGGUUGUAGCAUUGGAAGUACUAAUGGGAAGGCAUCCUAGAGAACUGUUGACAUUGUUAUCAAAACCAUAUUCUUUGCAAAAUGUGAUGCUAAGUGAUGUAUUGGACACACGUCUAUCGCCUCCAAGAAGCAGAAAUGUUAUCCAAAGUAUUGUUCUUGCUGUUAUGCUUGCAUUGGCUUGCUUGCGUGCAAAACCCAAGUCCAGACCAACAAUGAAAUAUGUGUCUCGACAAUUUGUUGCCUGCCAAAAACAGCUUUUGAAGCCUAUUUCAACUAUUUCUUUGUUGGAACUUGUAAGUUCCGAUUUGGGGAUGGAAAAUGGAAGGGAACCUCAACCGGGAAUUGUAUUAGAACUUGCAAAACUAAAUACUGAUUUGGGGAUGGAAAAUGAAAGAGAACCUCAUUCAGAAGUUUCAUUUCAUCUAGAUGAGUUCCAUGGUUCUUCCUCAAAUUAGAUUCAAUCGAGUUUCCUUGUCUUUUUUUUUCAAAAAAUAAAUCUGUUUGUCUAUUUCAUGCUUUACUUUUCUGUAUUGAUAUGUUGAAAUGGAAUACCACCUUGUUUUGUAUAUUUCUCAACCAGGGUACUACAAAUUUUUUGUACUGAAACACAUGAAUGCACCAACACAAAAUUCGGCACUCAGCAGAAGAAAUUGGUUGUUUUUUUUUCUUUUUUUUUUUGAAAGAAUCCAGGCUGCAUCUUCCUGUACCAUGGAAACUAUUGUCCCCAAUUGCUUCAAUCAACCUUGAUAGCAUAGAAGAUGCUAGACAAGCAAUAAAGAAAGGGCAUUGAC